CUCGUAUAAAAACAAAUCCGACACAGCGGGCUUUUGUUUCCAGGUUUCAGUUACUAGUAAAUCAGAUUGCUUGCCUUCAAAAUCAUGGUGGUCAAAUUAAUGGCUAUCCUAUUACUGGAAACUGCUCUUUUCCUGAUCACAGGCCAUGUGGUUUUGGCGAACAAUUCGAACUGGAAUCAUGAGCCCCUGGAAGAUACAACCAAUGCAGUCCUAAAAAGCAUCCAGAGUGAAGAUGGAGAUAUAAUUGAUUGCGUUGACAUUUACAAGCAACCAGCUCUUAAUCAUCCAGCACUAAGAAACCAUAAAAUCCAGAUGCUGCCCAGCUAUGUUCCAACCAUGGAAAAAACCCCCAGAAAGAUAAAUAGAGCAAAAAGGAAGAAGAACAAACUAUAUUCCAAAUCAGAAUCUCAAGUUUCUGUCACAAAACAAAUAUGGCACAAAAAUGGAAGUUGUCCUGAAGGCACUGUUCCCAUACGAAGGAAUAUGCAAACGAUGAAUAAGGCGUUACCAAUCUUAUCAAGGAGAUACAACAGCUCUUUCAAUCGUAGCAAACAUGAGUUCAGCCAAAAUAACACAUUGAAUAUGCUCCGCGCUAACCAUGCGAUGUCAAUAUUGCUCACGGAGGGAUAUGCAUAUACAGGAGCACAAGGAGAUAUUGCUGUCUAUAACCCAACCGUUGAAGGGUCCGAUGAGUACACUCUCUCAGACGUUUCUCUUGAAAAUGGCGGUCAAGGAUUUUUUGAAGCAAUUAGAUCGGGAUGGAUGGUGAAUCCAAUGGUCUAUGGAGAUAAAAACACAAGAUUUUUCACUUAUUGGACUGCUGAUGGUGCGAAAAGUACAGGCUGCUUCGACAGCCUUUGUCCUGGUUUUGUCCAAGUCAGUAAAGAUAUCGCACUUGGAGCAACAAUCGAUCACAUUUCUUCACCUUCGAAUAGACCAUCUCAAGUUAUGUCAAUUUCCAUUUAUAAGGAUCAGAAUACGAACAACUGGUGGGUAGAUCUAGGGGGAAAGAAAAUAGGAUAUUGGCCAUCGGAACUCUUUGAAGGGUUAAGCCAUCACGCGGCAUCGGUUCAAUGGGGCGGCGAUGUUUAUAGCACCAGGCUGACUACUCCGCACACGGCAACCGCCAUGGGAAGCGGCGAAUACGCUUCUCCGAUCGACUGGUUAGUGGGUUCCAUCAGGGGGAUGCGGAUUCUGCAAUAUUCUUCGGGUUGGAAGUAUCCAGAAUGGACUAAUACGUAUGCGGAUCAAUAUGACUGUUACAGUUUCUAUCUUCAAAUCGUUGCCGAUGACCCGGUUUUCUAUUACGGAGGACCCGGUAGCGGCGGUCCAGUGUCCAGAUGUCAUUAAUUCAGCUUAGCUAGAUCGCUGAUUUUUUUUUUCAUGGUUAGUUAGUAAAUCUGAAUAAAGUAAGAAUGAUUUUCAUAUUUGGCCUUUGGGAACAGUGUGUUGGUUCCGAAAUUUCUCAAACGGCAAACAAACUCACAGUCGAUGAAUUCUAAAUUGGCAAGCAAUUUCUAUUGAGAGGUAAAGCUAACUCCAAGUCAAUCGAUCGCACCUUCGUCGACGCUUGAGUUUAUUGUCAGGUUUUGGCAAAAUAACGUUUUGUAGAAAUG